AUGAAUUGGUUUCAAAGCAAAGAUGAUAACAAAUUAGGCUUUGAUCCUAAACAAGUGGAAGAUGUGUCAACAUUCUUAUCCAAUCCCCAAGUCAUGGAAUCAGCCAAACUUCACCCUCUUGCCGGACUUGAUAAAGGUAUCGAAUAUUUAGAUCUUGAAGAUGAACAAUUAAAUUCAGUUGAAGGUGCUCAAGGUUUAAUUCCUUCGAGGAACUGGAGUGAUGACUUAUGUUAUGGUACUGGUGCUGUAUAUUUAUUAGGUCUUGGUGUUGGGGGUGCUUACGGUUUACAAGAAGGUUUAAGUAACUUGCCACCAAAUUCUUCCGGUAGAUUGAAAUUAAAUACCGUUUUAAAUCAUAUAACUAAAAGAGGUCCAUUUUUAGGUAAUUCUGCCGGUGUUUUGGCCUUAACUUAUAAUUUAAUCGAUUCCUCUAUCGAUGCUUUUAGAGGUAAACAUGAUGAUGUCAAUUCAGUAGUUUCUGGAGCUUUAGCAGGAGCUCUUUUCAGAAGUUCCAAAGGUUUAAGACCAAUGGCUUAUUCCACUGCUUUGAUGGCUGGUGCUGCUAGUGCUUGGUGUGGUAUUAAGAGGUUGUUGCAAUAA